UCUUUCCCCUGCAGGAAGUGGCAGUGAAGCUAGAAUCUCAGAAGGCCAGGCAUCCUCAGUUGCUGUACGAGAGCAAACUCUAUACGAUUCUUCAAGGUGGGGUCGGCAUCCCCCACAUACGGUGGUAUGGUCAGGAAAAAGACUCCAAUGUGCUAGUCAUGGAUCUUCUUGGACCCAGCCUCAAAGACCUCUUCAAUUUCUGUUCAAGAAGGUUCACAAUGAAAACUGUACUUAUGUUAGCUGACCAGAUGAUCAGUAGAAUUGAAUACGUGCAUACAAAGAAUUUUAUACACAGAGACAUUAAACCAGAUAACUUCCUAACGGGUAUUGGGCGUCACUGUAAUAAGUUAUUCCUUAUUGAUUUUGGUUUGGCCAAAAAGUACAGAGACAACAGGACUAGGCAACACAUACCUUAUAGAGAAGAUAAAAAUCUCACUGGCACUGCUCGAUAUGUUAGUAUCAGUGCACAUCUUGGUAUUGAACAGAGUUGCCAAGAUGACAUGGAGUCACUAGGAUAUGUUUUGAUGUAUUUCAGUAGAACCAGCCUGUCAUGGCAAGGACUAAAGGCUGCAACAAAGAAGCAAAAAUAUGAAAAAAUUAGCGAAAAGAAGAUGUCCACAUCUGUUGAAGUUUUAUGUAAGGGGUUUCCUGCAGAAUUUGCCAUGUACUUAAACUAUUGUCGCGGGCUGCGCUUUGAGGAAGCCCCGGAUUACAUGUACCUGAGGCAGCUAUUCCGCAUUCUUUUCAGGACCCUGAACCACCAACAUGACUACACAUUUGACUGGACAAUGUUAAAGCAGAGAGCACAGCAGGCAGCCUCUUCAAGUGGGCGGGGUCAGCAGGCCCAAACGCCCACAGGCUUCCAAGCAUGAAUCGAGGAACAGAAGCAGCAGAGCAGAUGAUCGGAGCAGCAUUUGUUUCUCCCCAAAUCUAGAAAUUUUAGUUCAUAUGUACACUAGCCAGUGGUUGUGGACAACCAUUU